AUGUUUGUUCUACAAACUCAUCAACAACUACCUCUUUCUAAAGCUAAGAUUGCGGUGCCAGCUGGUUUUUCAUUUUUUUUGGUUGGAGUAGCGCUUUAUUAUAUUAAUUAUUGCAAAAAAAAGGACAAGAAAAGAGAGGAAUUACUCGGAAACAGUCAAGCAGCUAGUGGAACUAACGAUCAAGAAAUUCAAGUUAAUAGUGAAACUGAUAAAAAUCAACUUCAAAAUAUUGACAAUAUUCAAGAUACUGAUGAAAAAAUUCAAAUUGAUAGCGAAACUGAUAAAAAUCAACUUCAAAAUAUUGACAAUAUUCAAAAUACUGAUGAAAAAAUUCAAAUUGAUAGUGAAACUGAUAAAAAUCAACUUCAAAAUAUUGACAAUAUUCAAGAUAGUGAUGAAAAAAUUCAAGAUAAAACCGCUUAA